AUGAAGUUCUCCGCCGCCAUCAUCAUCGCUGCCGUCACCGGCGCCAUGGCCGCGUCCAUCCCGGCCGAAAAGCGCUCCACCAUCGAGGAGCGCCAGCCUCACGGCGACGACAUUGCCGAGCUCAUUGCCCGCCACAUCGCCGCUGAGAAGCGCGCCCCUCCUCCUGGCGGCAGCUCGACCACCACCGGCGGCGCCGGCACUCCCGGCUCUGGUACUACCACUGGCAAGGCCGCCGGCGCCCACCCCUCGGGCACCACCACCGGCCGGAAGGCGACCGCCUCGGGCGGUGCCAAGUCUUGCCCGGCCCCCAAGAAGGGCGCUGCCCACAACGCCGCCGCCAACAAGGGCGGCGCUGGCAACCACGCGCAGCAGGGCGGCGCCAACAAGGCUCAGACCCAGGGCGGCGCUCAGCAGCAUGGUGGUGCUACUACCCAGGCCGGUAGCAAGACCGGCGCCGGCAAGACCCAGUAG